GCAGGGGGAGGAGAUGGCGGGCACGCGGAGCGCUGAGUGUGCGGUGUCAAUCAGAGGGGUUUUGUGUCUCCUCGGCUCCCGAUGGUCCGUGGCUGAGGUGUCCCGGGUGGCACCACAAUGAAUAUGAAUAGGGGUCCUUGCUAAAUGGGACAGUCAAAGCGCACCGCCCUGAAUAAUGGCACGUCAUCCUAACUAGACCAUUAUACAUAGGAGGGCUCCUUUUGUCUCUGCUCUCUGCUGCAGCGCUAUAAAAGCCCCUCUUUUUCAGGCUGAGGUUAGUCCAAGCACACACUAACUGGCCAUCCUGUAAACAGGCUGAGCGGCCGGGGGAGGCUGGCGAGAGGGGGCCGGGGGCUUUUUUUCCUCCUUCCCCAGCGCUCCGAGCCCGCUGCUCGCCCAGCCCGCCGCCCGCCCGCUCCUUUUUCGUUCCUCUUUCGUCGCUUUUCGGAGGGGACUUGCCUCGUUCCGCCACCUCCGGAGCAGGGAAGAGUUUCUUGCUCAGACGCCCGAAUACAAUGAAUUCUGACUCCAGCUCUGUCUCCAGCAGAGCUUCCUCGCCAGACAUGGAUGAGAUGUACCUGAGGGAGCACCACCACCACCACCACCACCACCACCACCAGGACAGCCGGCUCAACUCCGUCUCCUCCACCCAGAACGACCUGGUGCAGAAGAUGGCCGGGGAAGGCCUCUCCAGGACCGGCUCCAAGGCCGGCGGGGAAGGCAGCAAGUACAAAAUCAAGAAGCAGCUCUCGGAGCAGGACCUGCAGCAGCUGCGCCUGAAGAUCAACGGGCGGGAGAGGAAGAGGAUGCACGACCUCAACCUCGCCAUGGACGGGCUGCGGGAGGUGAUGCCCUACGCCCACGGGCCUUCCGUGAGAAAACUCUCCAAAAUCGCCACCCUCCUGCUGGCCAGAAACUACAUCCUGAUGCUCACCAGCUCGCUGGAGGAGAUGAAGAGGCUGGUGGGGGAGAUCUACGGGGGGCACCACUCGGCCUUCCACUGCGGCACGGUGGGACACUCCGCCGGGCACCCUCCCCACGCCGCCGGCACCGUGCACCAGGUGCACCCCAUCCUGGGCACCGCCUUGUCCUCGGCCAACACCUCCUCGUCCCUGCCCGCCUCCCUGCCGGCCAUCGGCACCAUCCGGCCCCCCCACUCCCUGCUCAAGACCCCCUCCACGCCCCCCGCCCUGCAGCUCGGCAGCGGCUUCCAGCACUGGGCGGGCUUGCCGUGCCCCUGCACCAUCUGCCAGAUGCCCCCCCCGCCCCACCUCUCGGCCCUCACCGCCUCCAGCAUGGCCAGGAUCUCGGGGGACACCAAGGACCUGCUCAAGUGACGCCGCGGGGCCCCCCCGGAGCCGGCUGGGGCGAGGGGCGAGGGCAGCAGGGACC